AUGUCUUACGUUCUGACUGAAACUUCUGCUGGUUAUGCUUUGUUGAAAGCCUCUGACAAGAAGAUUUACAAAUCUUCCAGUCUAAUCAUGGACUUGGACAGUUCUGAGAAAGUUUUGAAAGAGUUCAAGAUUGCUGCAUUCUCCAAGUUUAACUCCGCUGCCAAUGCUCUAGAAGAAGCCAGUGCUAUUAUUGAAGGUAAGGUUUCCCCACAACUGGAGAAGCUAUUGGACGAGAUCAAGAAGGAGAAGAAGGCCACUCUUAUUGUCAGUGAAACCAAGCUGGCCAACGCCAUUAACAAGCUAGGCUUGAACUUCAAUGUUGUCUCCGACGCUGUUACUUUGGAUAUCUACAGAGCUGUUAAGGAAUAUUUGCCAGACCUUUUGCCAGGUAUGUCUGACUCUGACUUGAGCAAAAUGUCUCUAGGUUUGGCUCACUCUAUCGGUCGUCAUAAGUUGAAGUUCUCUGCCGACAAGGUCGACGUUAUGAUCAUUCAAGCCAUUGCGCUAUUGGACGAUCUUGACAAGGAAGUUAACACAUACUCCAUGAGAUGUAAGGAAUGGUACGGCUGGCAUUUCCCUGAAUUGGCCAAGAUUGUUACAGACUCUGUUGCUUACGCCAGAUUAAUCUUGACCAUGGGUGUUAGAUCUAAGGCUGCUGAAACUGACAUGAGCGAAAUCUUGCCAGAAGAAAUUGAAGAACGUGUCAAGGCUGCUGCUGAAGUUUCUAUGGGUACUGAAAUCACCGAUGUUGAUUUGAUUAAUAUCAGAGCAUUGGCUGACCAAAUUGUUGAAUUUGCUGCCUACAGAGAACAACUAUCCAACUACUUGUCUUCCAGAAUGAAGGCUAUUGCUCCAAAUUUGACUCAAUUGGUUGGUGAACUAGUUGGUGCUAGACUAAUUGCCCACGCCGGUUCUCUAAUCUCUUUGGCUAAGUCCCCAGCUUCUACCAUCCAAAUCUUGGGUGCCGAAAAGGCUUUAUUCAGAGCUCUAAAAACCAAGCACGACACACCAAAGUACGGUCUUUUAUACCAUGCUUCCUUGGUUGGUCAAGCCAGUGGUAGAAAUAAGGGUAAGAUUGCUAGAGUGCUGGCUGCUAAGGCUGCUGUUGCUUUGAGAUACGAUGCUCUUGCGGAAGAUAGAGAUGACUCAGGUGACAUUGGUCUAGAGGUUAGAGCUAAGGUUGAGAACAGAUUGUCUCAAAUUGAAGGUAGAGAUCUAAGAACCACUCCAAAGGUUGUACGUGAAGCCAAGAAGGUUGAGAUGACCGAAGCCAGAGCUUACAACGCUGAUGCUGACACUGCCGCAGCUGCCGACUCUGACGAUGAAGACGAAGAAACUGAAGAAAAGGCCGACAAGAAGAGAAAGAGAGAUACUGAAGAAGAAGAAGAAGAAGAAGAAACCGAAUCCAAAAAGUCUAAGAAGGAGAAGAAGGAAAAGAAGGAGAAGAAGGAUAAGAAGGAAAAGAAAGAGAAGAAGGAAAAGAAGGAUAAGAAGGAAAAGAAGGAGAAGAAGGAGAAGAAGGAGAAAAAGAGCAAAAAAUAA